GGAGGCUAUUCUGUUAAUCUUAAGAAUAAUGGCUGUCUUGUAGGAUUUGUGAAUGUCAAUUUUCACUCGAAACAUUAGAAUUAGAGCUCUUUAUUAUGGCUGUUUCUAAAUAUAUGAAGCUUGUUGCAAGACAAGGGCUUUAUUGUAAAAUAAAAUUGCGGGAAUUCUCUUCAAGUUCUUGUAGACUUCAAGAAGUCACUACACCUGUUAGUUCAUCUUCAGAACAGAAUGCAGCCCCUGUAGAAACCAAAGAAGGUCCUCAAAUAUUGUCAAGGUCAUUAAAGUUUCCUGUUGACCAUACUCACCCACGUCUAGCAUGGUUGGAUUCGAUGUCUUCUAUUGAGAGCAAAAAGUUGGGACUGCUUGACCUGCAUCCAGAUAUCUUUGCCACUUAUCCUAGGGUUGAUCUUCUUCAUAAGAAUGUUCAUUGGCAAAAAAUGUACAGAUACAUUAAUUAUAAUUUUGAACCCAGUCGUGCAGAAAUGCCAGGAGGUGGAAGAAAGCCUUGGCCACAGAAAGGUCUAGGAAAAGCUAGAGCUGGAAGUAUUAGGUCGCCAUUAUUCAUUCAAGGAGCUAAAGCUUUUGGUCCAAGAGGCCCCAUCAAUUAUUUUUUUAUGCUUCCUCGAUCACAGAGAGCUACGGGAUUGAGAGUAGCACUCACAUGCAAAUAUACACAGAAUGACCUGGUGAUAGUGGAUAACUUUGACAUACCCACAGCUGAUCCAGACUUUCUCUCAGAAAUGGCAGACGUCAGAUUUUGGGGACAUUCAAUUCUUUUUGUGGAUGAUUCUGAUGUCAUGCCCGAGAAAAUAUCUGAAGCAGUGCACCAGAUUCGUGGUUUUAAUCUUAUGCCCGCUUAUGGUUUAAAUGUUUUCUCUAUGUUGAAACAUGAAACCUUGGUGCUGACACUUGCUGCUUUGGAAAGAAUCGAAGGGAAGCUUCUAGAAGAACUUCACACAACUGCUGUGGAAACCAAGUAUGUCAAUAAACUCAGACCUGAAGAUUUCCGCACAAGGCCCAAAGUGGACAGCACUAUGUACAAAUCUUUCACAAAGCCUUUAGAGUUUUAAAAGAACACAAAUAAAUUGUUUUUAUAAUGUUU